AUGGAGUUAUCAAUUCUAUUCAUCGUCCCAGCGACGCGGGUAUUCGAGACUUUUCUCGAAUAUUCUGCCGCCGCGCCGUUCUCGAAUAUUCGUCGCCGCGCUGCUCUCGAAUAUUCUUCCGUUGAUAAAUACGCCGGCAGCCGUCUCGCCGCAUUCAGUCUGUUUUCGUCGUACUCCGUGCUCGUUUGCGCUAUUGUUGUUCGUGUCUUCAACGCACUUCAAAAAAAUCCGUUCGGUGUUUUGAUUUCAACAAGAACUCCGGCAUAUUAAACGAUUCGUUACCGUCGCCCGAUUGAAAUUCAUAUCGAAAAAGGUAUGUAUUAAUUUUCCCUAACGCCGUUUUGAAAUUUGAAUACGCUGGUUACCCUUAUAGAUGGGUACAAAAUAUAUUUUGUGUAGGUCUUCUUAUGUGAAUUCUAUCAUUUGUGUGGUUCGUCGUUCCAUUAUUUUAUAAGUUUCAAGAUUUUAGUUUAAAUUCAUUUUCAAUUUUUUUUUUACCUGUAAUUGUUUACUUAUUUCCAAUAUUCAUAAUUGAUAAUUUGAAAAUUUUGAUUUUUAAAAAUUUAUACAUUUUGAAGGAAUUUAAUUUUACUAUUUGAAAAGCAGUUAUAUUAACGAUUUGCAUCUAAAUAUAUGAUCUUAAAACCGUUAUAUAAGUUAAUGGUACAUUACACUCUAAUUUAAUGAACUUACUGUUGAAUUUUCAGACAUUUGUUUGGUUUAACAAUUAUAUCCAUAUAGUAGUUACCUUGAACUUACCAAUAAAAGAAAAUCUACUUAAAAACAAUGGAAUAUAUAAAUUGCAUUUUAAUAGUUCAAAAGUAUUUUCAGAAUAUUUUUGAAAAUUUUACCACUUUUAAAAACCGUUAAUAUAUAAGUUUGGCAUAAAUGCAAUUUAGCUCCAAAAUGAUAUUUCGGAAUUUUUUUUCCUAAAUGGGAGCAUUUUGAACUACCAGAUUAAGUUUAAACGACUUUUAAAAGUACCAUCAAAUUGCAUGCAAAAACAUAUAUUUUGAAAAAAAAUGCCCUAAAAAUCGCUUGGGAGCUAAACUGCAUUUGUUCUAUAAGUUUUUCAAAAUUCUAAGUCCCUGCAAAAUAUAAUGAAAAAUUGACUCGUACUCAAGAUUUUGGUAUACAUUUAUGUAGAUAAUUAAUAUCAAGUUAUUCAACAAAAAUUAUUACUGACAAAAGUGUUUCAAUGUCGUUUUUUUUUUUUUUCAGAUGUCUCUUUUGCCGUUUUUAUUGGAAGACCUUUCACGCCCAACAGCAUAUGAUCAACACUUUGGCUUGGGAUUGCUGGAUGAUAUGUUAGUGCCAUCAGAAUACAUUCCUCACAUUAGAACUGACCCUUUAAGACUUAGAGGAUAUCAGAGACCUAUGCGUCUUGUAGCUGCGCCUAAAAGCGGUUUGUCUCAAAUUCACAAUGACAAAGAUGGCUUUAAAGUAAAUUUGGAUGUUCAACAAUUCAAACCCGAUGAAGUCACUGUCAAGGUGGUUGAUGAUUUCAUUGUAGUCAAUGGGAAGCAUGAAGAACGAACGGAUGAACAUGGUUUCAUUUCUCGUGAGUUUACCCGCCGUUACAAAAUCCCAGAAUCUGUUGACCAAAAAUUGAUUACAUCGUCUUUGUCAUCGGAUGGUGUGCUCAGUAUUGGUGCUCCCAAAAAGGUAUGUUUUAAAAUUAUUAAAUAUCUUUUGUCUAGGUACAAAAAAUAAUGAUAUCUAAUUAUUUAGGUUGUCAAUGAAAAUAAAGAGGAGAUAUCCAUUCCUAUUAUAAAAACCAACAAGCCCAGCAUUAAGGUGUCUGCUAACAAAGAACAGAAAGAAGGAGACAAAAUGGAUACCAAUUAA